AUGUUUGUGAAUGCAGAUACUAGUAACAUCCUCAUAUAUUCUAAAGGCGGCACGGUCUAUCGAGGAUGUGGACUGUAUGACUCACGAUUGGUUCCUCACGUCCAUCGUGGCCAAGGCGAGAUUGUUCCGUUACUCAAGGCACGCCAGCGGCAGUUUGAAACGGUAGUUCCUGCUGGUGUUCUCAUUGUGCAAGGCACAUGCAUCGUCAACGAAGUGAUGCUGUCGGGAGAAUCUACUUCGCUACUCAAGGAGUCCAUUCAGCUUCUCGAAACCAGGGACAAAUUGACGUUGUUGGCGCGCACAAGAACACGGUCCUGUUCAGUGGAACAAAGAUGCUCCGAGCAAGCCCAACGGGUCAAGGACGACCCAGGGCAACUCGUGAGGAAGACGAUAUGCUCAACUGAACGCGUAUUUGCGAAUGAUACCGAAUUGUUCCUGUUUACUUUACUGCGUGCUUAUCAUUACGAGCGUCGUCACCCCAGAAUUGCCUACGGAGCUUGCGUUGGCUGUGAAUGCGUCCUUGGUGGCUCCGUCAUAUUUCGGCACACCAAGUCUCGUUUUCUGCAAUCAUUCGUCUUACUAUUUUUAUUAGCCAUAUUCUGCACCGAGCCAUUCCGCAUCCCAUUCGCUAGUCGCGUUGAUAUUUGCUGCUUUGACGAAACGGGAACUAUUACCGCAGAGAACCUAGUUCUAGAUGGCGCUGCCAGUUUAGACGGGUCAGGCAAAGUGAAGCUUGAGGACGUCAAAGACACUGGCAAGUAUACCGCCCUCCGUUUGGCUGCGGCGCAUGCGCUCCUUACGAACGGUAAUCAAGCGCUAUCUUCCGCCAAGUCGCUCAGGGCUUCGAGCGUUUUCAUUCGGCACUGUUUCUACUUUUCGUUGGCUCUUAAGUACAUUUCUACCGCGUCGAGCUUGCCUUGUUGCAAAGCCCUCGUCGCCGUUAAAGGUGCACCGGAAACGAUCGAAGGCAUGCUUGCGGAAGUUCCCGAAUGGCGUGGCAGUCGUGCUUUGGCUUUAGGAACGAAGGAAAUAGAUGCCAUGCCGAUCGACAAGAUCAACAAACUAUCCCACGAGGAUGUUAAGAGCCGUCUGACGUUUGCAGGAUUUUUAGCCUUCCACGGUCCUCUCAAGCUAGAUGCUGUUGAGACGCUCAAGACGCUUACCGGCUCGUCGCACAGGUGCAUUAUGAUUACUGGCGACCGCCCGUUGACGGCGGUCCACGUUGACGCCGAGAUCGUUGGGAAGCAGUUUGAACCUCGUCCUUCAUGGAAUGAUCUGGUACAAAACGCCUGGGUUUAUGCUCGCGUCUCGCCCACGCAGAAGGAAUUCAUCCUGAUCAGUCUUAAGACGCUCGUCUACACUGCGCUUAUGGCUGGAGACGGCACUAAUGACGUCGGUGCGCUCAAGCAGGCUCACUUCGGCGUAGUUUUUCUAGAUGGUACGCCUGGCGUUCGUCUUUCGUGGAAUGUACGGCUCUCUUCUCGGAUAGAGGCGACGCGGACGGCGGUCCCGAUAUCAGCGCUCUACGCUCCAUUGAAGCAGCGAGAGGAUUUUCCUCCAGCAUCAUACGAACCCGUGACCUGUAAACCCACUUGUCGUGCUAUUCUCAAUCUGCAUUGUCAAAUUGAUUUCAGAGGUAAAAUAAGAUACUCUAACGCCAAUCUACCCGCCAAGCUACUGCCAAAGUACACGACCAUUGAGUGCGCGCCAUCUCGUCCUGGUCAGGCUCCACCCGUCUUACUCUUCGUCGUCGAUACCCGUCUAGAUGCCGAGGACCUCAAAGCACUCCGCGACGCCCUCGUCGUCAGUCUCAGCUUGAUCCCAUCAUAUGCAUUAAUUGGUCUUCAGCGCAACAACGCAAGUUCAGGAACAAUCUAG